GGCGCGGGUCUGGACCGAUAUUCGCCGGGGGCGCCGAGCAUCACCGUUCGUUCCGCGCGCGUCCGCGGCGCGCGAUCCACGCCACUCGCGGCGUGCGAGCGGUCCCCCCGUCGAGUCCGCGGUCGAAAACCCGAUUUGUUAUUUUUUCUGCGGACACGUGCGUAGACCACAGUAGUGGCGAGGCGACGGCGGCGACGUCAUGGGGUGCACCGCGAGCAAGCACGCGACGCGGGUCGUCAAGGACGCGAUCGAGCCCGCGGACGGCGCGAACGACGCCAGCUCCCGCGGCGCGUCGUCGCGCGGAGGCGGCGCCUACGUCGAGGUCGCCGAUCUCCCGGAUCACACGUUCACGUACCCGAACCCGCCGCGACGGCACCAGACGACGGGCGGGAUCACGACGGCGAUACUCGCGGACUUUUCGUUCGGGAACGUCCUCGGCACCGGCGGGUUCGCCGUCGUGAAGGAAGCGACGCACGUCAGGACGAAGAAGCGGUACGCGGUGAAGAUCAUGAACGUCGCGAAGGACGGGGACGCGGACGAAGGGAUGACGAUGGACGAGAUCGCGGAGGAGAUUCGACUCACGAUGUCGAUCCAGCACGAGAACAUCGUGAAGGUGUACGACUUUUACCAGACGAAGAGGAUCGUGUACGUCAUCAUGGAACUCCUCGAAGGCGGCGAGUUACUCGAAGCCGUCAUGGAUCUCGGGAGCUAUCAAGAGCGCGACGCCGCGUGCAUAAUGAAGCAGCUCUUCAUCGGCCUCGAGAGCAUACACGAGAAGUCGAUGGCGCACAGAGACUUGAAGCUCGAGAACUUGAUCCUCGCGCGCCCGAACGACCUGAACUCCGUGCGCAUCGCGGACUUUGGCCUCGCGAAGAAGAUGAGGAACGCCAGAGGGAAGCUCAGCGCGCAGUGCGGCUCCCCCGCGUACGUCGCCCCCGAGGUCAUCGCCGGGCAGCAGUACACCCCCGCGGUGGACAUGUGGGCGGCGGGAUGCAUCAUGUACGCGCUCCUGUGCGGCGAACUGCCGUUUUACGAAGAGGACGAGCAGGCGAUGUACAAGCGCAUCACGCGCGGGAAGAUGCACGAGCCCUCGGAGGACAUCUCCGCGGCCGGGAUGGACCUCAUCAAGGGCUUGCUCGAUCACGACGCGGUGAGCCGGCUCACCGCCGUGGAGGCGCUCGAGCACAAGUGGAUCUCCGGCGCGCUGUCGUCGAAAAAUUUAGGGAUGGACAAGACCAUCAACCGCUCGCGGAUGCAGCGGUUCGCGGAGACGAAGAUGGGUUCGGAUCUCGAGACGAGGGAGUACGAUCCCGGGGACUUGCUCAUCCGCCAAGGCGAGCGCGCGAAGGAGGUGUUCUUGAUCAAAGAGGGGACGUGCGAGGUCGUCGUCAGGACCGAGGACGGAGAAGAGGAAAAAGUCGCGGAGCGCACGGCGGGCGAAUUCGUCGGCGAGAUGGGCGUGAAGACGCAGCAGGGCGCCGGCGUGGCGGACAUCGACACCGUGUCCGACGCGAAAAUCGAGGACGGCGGCAAGAAGAAGGGGGAGAAGAACAAAAAGCGAGAGCUGAGCAGCACCACGAGAGGCGUGCUCAACGUCGCGACGCUCUUGCGCGUGAAGAACAAGUGGCUGGGCGGGAGACGCGGCGCGGACGUGCGCGCGGUGACGCACAUGAAGGUGCUCGUGCUCUCUUCGAAUCAGAUGCAGUGGGUGUUAGAGCACGAUUACGGCGUGCACGGCGAGAUGGGGGCGAUCAUCAACGAGCGCACGCAACAGCUCGAGAAGAGCAAGUCGAAUCGAGAGUCGAAAGCCGCGAAGGCGAAACAGGCGCCGGAGAAGAAGCGCCUCGACGCCGUGAACUCGAUAUCGGAGCUCGAGUUGAAGAACUGAGCUCGCGCGCGCGAUCGCAGAAGCGAACGACAACACAUCACUGUAUGAUAGCGUAAUCUCUGCGUUGUCGAUGUAUACAACAUAUCAU